GGCAGCUGAUUGGCCCGCAGGCUGGGGAGACGCUAGUAGCUGAGGGGAACGGCGGCGCGCGGGCGGUUGGGCCAUCUCAGGCUUUCUGCCGAUCAACCUGUGCUUGGCGUCCUCAGAUGCUGCGAGCUGAAGGUAGUCAUGGCCGGGACUCCCGCACCGAACAGCCACAGGAAGCAGAGUGGCGGCCUGGAGCCUUUCCUCGGUCUGUCUCGGUCCAUCGAGAACCCUCCGAGCAAGCGGGCCCGGAGCUUCUCUGAGACCACAGUUCCGGACCCCGAAGACCCAUUCGGCGAGCACGCGGAAUUUACUGCGGACGACCUAGAGGAACUGGACAUCCUCGCGUCACAGGCCCUGAGCCAGUGUCCGGUCGCGCCUCCGAACCUGUCCUGUGCUCAUAAGGUCCGUCGACUAGAUGGGUUACCAAAUAGUCCUAUAAGGAAAAACAGAGAAGAUAUUCCAGUUAAAGAUAACUUUGAACUAGAAGUACUUCAGAUACAGUACAGAGAACUUAAAGAAAAGCUGAAAGCAAUGGAAGAAGAAAUCCUAAUUAAGAAUGGAGAAAUUAAAAUUUUGCGUGACUCACUGCAUCAGACAGAAUCCGUUCUAGAAGAACAGAAAAGAUCACAUUUUCUUCUUGAGCAAGAAAAGACUCAAGCACUCAGUGAAAAGGAAAAGGAAUUCUCCAAAAAGCUCCAAUCACUGCAGUCUGAACUCCAGUUUAAAGAUGCAGAAAUGAAUGAAUUAAGGACAAAGCUUCAGAGCAACGAACGAACAAAUAAACUAACCAUUCCGUCAGUCUCCCAAGUCAGUCCUAGGAAAGGCUCUUCUGUGGUUGUAAAGUCAGAAGCAUGUUCUCCACAUGUUGGAAAAACAACUUUCCCUACAAAGGAGUCUUUUAGUGCUAACACGCCUCUCUUCCACCCCUGUCAGACUGAGGCAGGACACAAAUUUCUGGUGGGCCAAGAGGUUUCGGAUAAUAAAGCCCAUGUGGGAGGUAACCUCCUGAAGCAAGACGUGCAGCAGAAAAUUCUCACUGACAGCUGGGUACAGAGAAAAAACACUCAAGGUUCUAUCUUGAUAAACUUGCUCCUGAAGCAACCUUUGGUGCCAGGGUCAUCUCUAGGUCUUUGUCACCUUCUGAGCAGUGGAGCUGAGGUUCCCACUGGCCCCAUCUUGCAGCCAGCAGGGCUCAGUACUUUGCCUGGGACUUCAGGCCUCAGGACCAUCAGCUCUUCUGAUGGGCCAUUUUCCCCCUCUGCCCUGAGAGAAGCACAGAACUUGGCAUUCACUGGAUUAAAUCUGGUUGCCAGGAGUGAGAGCUCACAUGACGGAGAUGUAGCAGGCAGAAGAGUCUUCCCACUCUGCCAGCUUCCUGGAGCUGUGCAUAUCCUCCCUCUUGUACAGUUCUUCAUUGGCUUACACUGCCAGGCUCUACAAGACUUAACCCCAGCUAAGAAGAACGGGGCACCUGGGGCCUCUCCGACAGACACCUCCCACAUGAGCUCUGGGGUAGAGGCUAGCCCAGAGGACUCCGUUUGUAGCUUGGAAAGUACUUCUGUGGCUUCGCUCAGCGUCCUUCAGCACCUGGUGUGCCACAGUGGGGCAGUGGUCUGCCUGUUACUGUCAGGCAUGGGGACCAAUGCUGCUGCCCGGGAAGGAGACUUAAGUCAGACUUGUGCAGAUACAGUCUCAGCCUCCAGGGAAGACGCUCAUGGCCAAAACCAGCACCCACUAUUGAAGAUGCUUCUUCAGCUGAUGGCGUUCUCUUCUACAACAUCAGGUAUAAAGACGACUCCCAGGAGGCCUGAUUCCAUGGGUCUACCUGACCUCUUGAGGUCUAACCUGUGGCUUUUGCACUUUGUUCACACCUUGACCUAUCCUACUACUUAGCUAUGGCUGGCUUCAGGGAGUUCUGAGGUAAUGGGAAGGGGACCAGGUAAGCAAAGGCACAUGUAACAGGCCACUUGGGAAGAGUGGCUGGCCUUGGACAAAGGCUGAGUUAGGAGGCCUUUGAACCCGAGAUGUGGGUCAGGUAAAGAACUUAGGGCCCAGCGUGUUUCAAUGAGGUAGAGUUUUGUAAGAAAGUAGAGUAUCAGGAGUGUCUAUAGCCAUGGGCUGGCCUUGGGGCAAAUCUGUCAACCUUGUGUCUGCUUUUUUUUCCCACCAAGGACAGGGUUUUUUUGUGUAACAGGUUUUGCUGUCCUCUAUAGACCAGGCUGGCCUAGAACUCACAGAGGUCCACUUGCCUCUGCCUCCCAAGUGCUGGGAUUAAAGGCGUGCACAACCAUCCAUGCCCAGCUGUGUUCACAUCUGUUUCCCAUCUCAGGUACUUGCUGCUUUAACAGUAGUUGGUCGGAAGUCAUAAUAUAAUGAAUCUAGCUUAUAAACAACAAAACAAAAAACCACUGUUAUAAAUUACUAACUGGGGUGCUAGAGAGAUGGCCCAGCAAUUAAGAGUUCUUGUUUUUCUUGCAGAAGACCCAAGUUGGAUUCCCAGUAACCACAUGGUAGCUCACAACCAUGUUACCCCAGUUCCAAGGAAUCUGGCAGGCAUGCAUGUGCUACAUGUACAUGCAUGUAGACAAAACAUUCAUACACAAAGUAAACUAUGUAAAUAAAUGAAUCUUUAAAAAAUUAUAAGUUCCUAACUUGGGAACUGAGACCAUGAAGAGCAAGGUGGGGAGAAUUAUAAAUACUGCCAGCCCGCCCUCCACCAACCGUCCAUUUGUUUCCUCACAGUGAGUAUGUAUAAGGCCAGUUGCUAUGUUAGAGCACUACCGCUCAUAGCACUAAUGCUCUGCCAGGCAUCAUGGCCAGUGCCGCUAAUUCAGGACCUGGGAGGCAGAGACAGGUGGAUAUCUGAGACCAGCCAGAGCUACACAGUGAAACCCUGUCUCAAAAAUCAGAAUCUUAUCUGAACUCAGCAUUCCUUUUUCUUUAAGAGAUUUAUUUUAUAUAUAUAUAUGAGAGUACACUGUAGCUGUCUUCAGACACACCAGAAGAGGGCAUCGGAUCCCAUUACAGAUGGUUGUGAGCCAUCAUGUGGUUGCUGGGAAUUGAAUUCGGGACCUCUGAAAGAGCAGUCAGUGCUCUUAACCACUGAGCCAUCUCUCCAGCCCAACUUUCCUUUUUCUUAAAAGUAUUUCUGAACCAUGUUUUCCACUAUUUUUAGCUAGUUUUACCUGUCCUAGGGUAUGAAAUUGAACACAGUACUUCAGUGCAGUAUAAACAGCGUGUGGGGAAGAACUGCCAUUCACAGGCCCAGCCACACUGGCUGGUCACCUGUUUCUUAUGUAGUGAGCGAAUCCCACAAAGCACACAUUCCCAAUUCUGUUGGUAGACCCUGUUCCUGUCAUUGACCCACAGCUAUUGAGAGUGCUGCUAUUUAAUGGAUGCUUCUACUAGCCAAGUGCUUCGGUUGCUGCUGGCUUAGGUGACACUUAUAACUCUUUACUCCUUCACACAGAUCCUGGCUCAGUCAGUGUUUGUUAAUCCCUAUUCUGAAGCAGGAAAACUUGUCUAAAACACGUGACCAUAUUAGGAUAGUAUCAAGCCAGUUACUGUGAUAAGCCAUUGCCCACUGCUCUCAGACACACACCCUAACAGAAUACGUUUCUGUGAAUUUCCUCAUGUGCCCAAGAUAAACUGCCCAGCUUCCUUUUUACCUUCUUGUGAAAGCCAGGGUGGGUGCUAUCAGGGCCAUAAAGCAGGUUAUGACAGGUAGCCAAAAAUCCUGCAGUCUCUGCCCAGUGUCCUUGUUCUGGGUCUUGAAACAAAUUCUGCCUUAGCAGAGAGCACGACACCAGUCUUUCUCUAAUGAUGCUGUGUGUUCCUUUCCUUCCUGAGAUGGAGCCUCUCUGUCCAUCCCUGCCUGACCUGGGACUCACUCUGCAGACCAGGGUGGCCUCAGCUCGGCUCCACCUGCCUCUGCCUCCCAAGUCCUGGGAUGACAGGUGUGCAUCCCCAUGCCUGGCCUCACAUUUCACUGUAAAAGAGGGCUCUCCAGCUAUGUUGCAGGACCAUAGUGGGCUAGGGAGGACUGGUCAGCCCAGUAAGCAACCAAGUUAAACUACCCCUGCCCCCAGAGAUCCACAGUACCUGGCAACUGAAGAAUGCCCAACUUCUUGUCUAUUUGUAGAAUAUGCUGUAAAAUGGGAGCCCUGCUUGCUUCCAGAGGACCCAGGUUCUUCUGAGCGCCUACAGGGCAAUUCACAACUCUGUAACUCCAGUUUCAGGGGAUCUGACAACCUCACACAGGCAUAUAAACAAGGACAAAUUAAAUAAGUAAAUAAAUAAGAAAGAAAGAAAACCAUGUAAAAAUAAUCAUUUUUUAAAAGUGCUAUAAAAUAAGUUUACCCCAAAACAGUGAACCUUUACUUUCCAAUGACACACUGAUGGACAGUCCCCACCUCCAUGCUCUGUGCUGAAAUGCCACAUGUGUACACAUUGAUACAUACAUACGUGCUCAAGGCCUCUCUUCUGCAUGCUGUAGGUAAUGUGGGUAGAGCAAAUCGAUUUGAGCCUUAGGACUGGGUUCCAUCCCUUUGUCUCAUUCUUCAGUGGGGAAAUAUGAAUGAGCACUCAUUCAUGUGUGUACACACACACACACACACACACACACACACAUUCAUUUACACACACAUGUCAUAGUAGGUUUUCACGCUGGUGACAGAAGGCAGUGUUUUUCAGCAGGUGGAAAGAAACGUUUUCUUCCCCUUGCCCUGUGACUGGUUUUGUCAGACGGCUGUGGCUCUGCCCACGGAGCCCUGGCCAGGCCUCUGUAUUAGACAAGGGA